AUGCUUAUUAGCAGGAGCAUUGGCUUCAGCUGCAUUCGGAUCAGCUCCCCAAACCUUAGAACCAUUGGCGUGCGUGUUGGAUACCGACACCAGUUAGUGAAAAUCAUGAUUGAGGAUGCCCCUUGUCUUGAAAGGUUGCUCCAACUUGACCUACUUAGGGAAUUGCAUAUAUUGUUAAUAUCAGCGCCCAAACUGGAGACCUUGGGUUGCCUUCCUUACCAUCAACAUCACUACCACUACCACGACUUUCAGGGAUUGCCUACUCUGUUCCCAACCGUGGUACACACUGUCAAGACUUUAUCUAUCUUUGUUUAUGCUUCUAACGUGGAUAUGGUCAUUGAUCUCAUGAGUUGCUUUCCCUGCUUGGAGAAGUUGUAUAUCCAGCAAAUUCAGUCGAUGGGAAAGAAUUUGUGGCGUCGUAAACACAAGAGUCACAUCAGAUGCCUUGACAUCCGUCUCAAGACAAUAGUGUUGGAAAAUUAUCAAGGCGUCAUGUCAGAUGUUAACUUUGCCACGUUCUUUGUGUUGAAUGCUAAAAUGUUAGAGUUAUUUAGAUUUGAGACUCGAGGCCUCUGCGGUAAAGGGUUCAUUCAGAGGCAGCAUCGUUUGCUUCAGCUUGGGAAAAGGGCAUCUAGAGGUGCUCGGUUUGUUUUCAAAAACAAUACAUGUCUCCGCAACCUUGAGGACAUCAAGCAUGUGCGAGAUUUGUCUGUAGCUCAUCCCUUUGAAUGCUGA